GGCCCUUGGUAUGUCAAAUUUCAUAGGCUGAGCUCUUACGUUGUUGCUGAAUGUUUCUAUGCAAGGACAUGAACGAACAACGUUUUCUGCUUUAAGCGUUUGAUCGUUUUACAAUACGUUGAUCUGCUCGUUAUCAAACUGCUUUGUGUUGUCCCCGCUUUGUUGAUUUCUCUUGCUUUGUAUUUUUCCAUGUAUAAACUUAGCAUCCGCUCUUCUGUUCUGCUACGCACAUUCAUCCUCGUUCUCGCAUUGUUACAUAAUCGAUACCUACUAUACCCUACCACGCUCUGUAUCUCUAGUCUAUCUUUCGCCCUUCCAUCGAACCAUAUGUCAGUCAAUUUCACGUGGGAUCUGGGAUGCUCUCCUCAGUUCACUUUCUGUAGCGGUAAAACGGAAUCCUCAAUUAGAGCAGGACAUCGGGUAUCAUGCGCGUGGGUGGAGCCUGGGCAUGAACACCAACACCAAAAAAAAUUAGAAAAAUUCCAUUGCUGUUCCACAAAUCCAAUGUGAAACGCGGCAGUGGAGGAAAAGAAGUUUGAUCAGACAGAUUCAUACCAGGACACGGGGCCUUUUGACGUAUGAGAAAAAUUUAGAGAAUGGCCAAAGGUGAG